CCCGGUACCGGCCCCGCCAUGCCCGCCGCCUACCCGCAACGGGCCCUGACGGUGCUGCUGCUCUUCGGUACGUUGGCCGCCGCCAUGGCCCUGCUCGCCUCCAGCCUCAUCUUCCAGUUGCCGUCGGGGCGGGCCGGUACCGGUGUCGGUCCCGGUCCCGGUCCCGGUCCCGGUCGAGGGGCUCUGCCGGAGCCGGCGGCCGCCGUGUUACUGCCGGUAUCGGCCGUGCUGGCCGCUCUCUGCCUGGUGCUCAACGUGAGCUGCCUCCUCCUCUGCCUCCUCCACGGCUACUUCAGCACCGAGCUGUGCCGGGGGCAACCGGGGCCCGACCGGGCAGACUGGUUCCUUCUGGACAGCCGGACGGUUCGCCACGCUGCCAUCGGCUUGUUCUGCUGUGGGGUCUCAGUCUACCUAACAGCUCUCGCCAUCUACAUGCUGCUGCUGUUUGAACUGGAGGCCGGCAUUGCCAGCGCUUGUAUUCUCUCCUCCGGCAUCAUCGUCCUGCUGAUCACGGUGACGCACGCCUUGGUACGGGCUUCCCAGGUUUCACGCCGCACCCGCUCCGAGGUCUCUCACACCCUGUACGAGAACGACUCUGCCCAGCACGGCGAAUCCUCCACCAGCGAUCUGAACAACAAAAACGUGGCUACGCCCCGGCCCCGGCCCGAGAUCCACCGGGAAUUUUCCUUCCCUCCUUUCCUGGAGCGCAAAUCCCAGCUGGGCUCUCCAGCCAGCAGCAACCUCACCUCCUCGGGUAGCCCUGGGCUUCGCUCCGAGAAGGAGAGCUACAACCUGCCCCGAACGCACAGGACGCUGUCGGCAGAGUCAGGCCUGCUGCAGGCACAGAGCAAGCCCUGGAACGGCGUCACGCAGGAGAUGAGGAACGUGCUGUCACGCAAACCUGGAGCCUCGGGCAAGGACUCGACUCUGGUGUGAGUGGAAGCGGGACCUUUUCUCCCCGUCUCGUCCCAGGGGAGCUGCAGGCACCAGGGCCGAGAUUUGCAUCUCUAUUUAGAGCUUAAUAUAGGUCAUGUCUCACCAGAGCAGGGGGAUGGCUGCUUUUCCACCCUCUGCCCUCCUGCCUGGGGGUUUGUGCAGCCACUGCCUCACGCUCUUUGCUUCUUUUACUGAGAAGAUGCCACCUCCACUCAAAGCCAAAAGCCCCGGGCCGCCUGUCUUGAGCCCCCAGCCGCUCCUGCCACCUGCGACGCUGCUGGCACUUGCCACCCCAUGAACCAGGACCGCGUUGGCAGGGCAGCGGCUGGCAGUGACCCAUGCAGGACCCCCACGGCUGUCCCAACUGCAGCGAAGGAAGCGGAACAUGUGGGUAAGAAGAAGCAAGUGGACCUUGUCCAGGAGCAGACCUACCCUCUUUCUCCAGCAGAUUCCAGCUGAUCUCUCCGGCUGUCCAUACCUCCCUGCUCUUCCCCUGCCUCCUUCCUCCCUCCUCCAUCCCCAGGAGCCAGCACUACACCGAGACAGUUCAUACAACCGACCCAGCAUGGCUUCCCCGCAGCGUGUAGCCAGGCAGGUGUAAGAAACCGAGGGAGGCGAUGGAGGAGCUACAAGCGAGAUGGAGCCAGAGCAGUCUGCAAGCUGCAGAGGGUGGGUUUGGGGUGGCAGAGAGCCUGCUGCUUGCUCACCAGCACGUCCACCCUCUGAGCAGGACACAGCUAGCUAAGCGGGGUCUUAGCAGGGAAAGGGGCUGUGCUGGGGCAGCCCCAGCGCCCUGGCUUUGCUCAGUGGUGGAGGAACCUCUCUGGGGAUUCCUUGGGUGCCACCAGAAGAGUGCCAAUUGUUGAGGCUGAGGUCCAGGAAGGGGUUUGCAUCGGCACUGGCAGUCCUCUGCUGUAUGCAGGGCAGAAAGCGCAAGUACUAAAGGCAGCAGCUGUUUCUGUGAAACACAAGCAGGUUUAGCUCACUCUGUCCCUGUGCCGACGAACACCUUGCUGGUUACUUGCAGCCCCACGCUCUGUCAACCCUGCCCAGGCCCAGAGCAGCAGCACACUUGGUUCUUCCCCAAUUCCUUAUCAUUCAGCAACCAGUAAAGCAUUUCAGGGAGUGAAGGGAGGCCACCGAUCCAGAUUCCCUCUCACCUCCCAUGCUAUUAUCCUGAAAGACACCUGUUAUCCUGAGCACAGUGCAAUUUCUUUGGAAACUGAGCUUAGCACUGCUUUGAUCCCUGCAUCCUUGGUAAAUUCUUCAGCAGAACAGAACUGCUGGUUCCAGGAGAGAUUAACACUGAAGUUGCAUCCUUUUUAAAGUGACCUCCAAAGCUGUGCGUACAGCUCUGUUUCCCACUGCUUGACAGGGGAUGAAGAAAGUCCUUUUUUUGUUGUUUUUUUGAAGAACAGGACAGUUUCUUUU